GGGUCAUCAAGAUGGCUGCUACCUCCCAGUUUGCCAGUCGAUACAAAAAGGAUUUGAGUACAGAAACCCUCAGAACAAAAGUUGCUCGCAGAAAAUCAAUGCUGCAAAAGGAGAACAGACACAAGUUGUUUGAAAAGGGCAGACAGUUUGGAUUGGCAGAUGUCAAUGUUCAGCUCUCAAAAGAGAGGGGAAUUUCUCAACUAAAUGAGACAAGUGAAAUGUGCUCUCAAGAGAACAGCAAUGUAAAACAGAAACGAUCUAUAAAUGCAGCCACCAAGAGGAUUAAUGAACGCAAGGAAAUGCUCCAGCGCUAUAAAGAAGAAAAGGAACUUCGAAAACUGAGAGAGCAGAGAGAGAAAGCAAAAAAGAGUGUGUUUAAAGUUGGGUUAUACAGACCAACUGCGCCUGGAUUUCUUUCACUUGUACCUGAAGAUCCAGUGAUAGUGAAGCCAAGAGAGAAGGCAGCUCCUGCUUUCUCCGGGAGGAUUACUCGAUCAAAGGCCAAGAACCAAGAAGAAAAAACUGUGAUACCAACUGCAUCUAAGCACUCUACGGUCUGUGCCAACGGGCAUAAUGUACGCCCUACACAAGCGGGACGUAAACAGAUGAGUACAGUCAAAGUGUCUGAAAAAGAGAAAGUGUUGCAGACUGCAGUCCAGACAACCUCAAAUGUAAGAAUCACUAGAGCAGCCUCCUCUGCAGCUAGGCAGAUGCUGAAAACAACUACUGCUGCUACUACUGGUAACCAGUCACAGAGAAAGACAGCAAGUGUAGGAAAGCAGAAGAAAGCAGUCAAACCUGACAUCACGGAGGUAAUUCCUUCUAAACAUGAAGUGGAUAAAAAUGCUCAACUGGAUCCAGCGACAAAAGAUUCUGCAGCUGAUUCUAAACAUUCAGUGUCAGUAGAACUUCAACAGGAACAGACCUCAGUGGAAAACAAAAACAAUUCUGCUCCAGGGAGACCCAGAACAUGCUCUUUUGCACCUCAAAACUUCGUGUUUCAACCUUUAAAUGGAUUAGCAACCUACAAAGUUACACCCAUGACUCCUUCUAGGGCAAAUGCAUUUUUGACACCUGAUGCUUUCUGGGAUUUUUCGAAAUCUCCAGUUAAUAUAAUUGAAAAAUACAGUGAAACUAAUGCACGGGAGCCUAAUUUAAAAAGUCAAAUUUCACCUGCUGGUAAAGGCAUUCAAGAACAGCAAAUCACUACAAGUUUGAAAGAAGAAAAAGCAAGUGAAUCAGAUGAGAAAACUCCUGUUCAAAGGUCAAAUGAAACAAUUCCUGUCUCUACGGAUAUAACAGCGCUUGAAACCAAGUCAGAUGAUAUAAGAGAGCCAGAGCAUGAUGUGCCCUAUUUCAGAAACAUUCUUCGGUCUGAGACAGAGCGGCUGAUGUCUCAGUGCCUCCAGUGGGAUGGAAAAUGUGAGCUGGACAUUCCAGAGGAUG